AGAGAGCAAGGGAGCUGAGAGUAGCAGGCAGGCAGACUUUGCCUGCAUCAUUUCUGUGUGGGUGUGUUAGUGAGUGAGCAGUUGGUGAGGGAGGAGGGGUGUAUCCUUGCUUGGAGCUUUUCCCUCUCGUAGUAACCAGCCGCAAGCCGACUGCCAGCCAUUACUUCACUGCAGCAGGAGUCAGCCCCUUGUACUGAAUGAGCCAGACACACUAACCUGACUGCCCCCUCCUCUCUCUGCUCUCCUCUCUGCAUAUUCAGCAGAGCUGCCCUCCUCUCCUCAUCAUCACUGUGCCACUCCUGCGGCGCUGCUCUUUGCUGGAAGGGGACGUUGGCCUGCUCCUCACCAACUGAUUCUGCAUGACUGUCACAAAGAUGUCAUGGCGUCCGACGUACCGAAGCUCCAAGUUUCGAAAUGUUUACGGCAAGGUAGCCAACCGGGAGCAUUGCUUCGAUGGCAUCCCCAUCACCAAGAACGUCCAUGACAACCACUUUUGUGCCGUCAACUCUAAGUUCCUCGGUGUAGUCACAGAAAGCGCUGGUGGCGGCUCCUUUAUUGUAAUUCCUUUGUCCCAGGCUGGCCGUCUGGACUCUCAUUACCCGAAGGUGUGUGGCCACCAGGGCAACGUGCUGGAUAUCAAAUGGAAUCCCUUCUUUGAAAACAUCAUAGCCUCGUGCUCAGAGGACACUUCGGUUCGAGUAUGGGAGAUCCCAGAAGGGGGAUUGAGGCGCAACAUGACUGAGGCGGUCCUGGAGCUGUAUGGUCACAGCAGACGAGUGGGUCUCAUUGAGUGGCAUCCAACCACCAGUGGCAUCCUCUUCAGUGCUGGAUAUGACUAUAAGAUCCUGAUUUGGAACCUGGAGACCGGAGAGCCGGUAAAAAUGAUCGACUGCCACACUGAUGUCAUCUUAAGUAUGUCCUUUAACACAGACGGCAGCCUGCUAGCAACAAGCUGCAAAGACAAGAAGCUGAGAGUUAUUGAGCCGCGCUCUGGGAGAGUCCUUCAGCAAGCAAGUUACAAGAACCAUCGAGUAAAUCGAGUGGUGUUCCUGGGGAACAUGAAGCGGCUGCUAACCACGGGGGUUUCUCGCUGGAACACCCGGCAGAUAGCUUUCUGGGAUCAGGAAGAUUUGUCCAUGCCUAUUGUGGAGGAGGACAUAGAUGGCCUCUCAGGAAUGUUAUUUCCCUUCUAUGAUGCUGACACACACAUGCUGUACCUGGCAGGCAAGGGGGAUGGCAACAUCCGUUACUUUGAAAUCACAACAGAGAAGCCCUACAUCCAGUAUCUAAUGGAGUUUCGCUCCCCAGCCCCACAGAAAGGACUGGGUGUGAUGCCAAAGCACGGGCUGGAUGUGGCAGCCUGUGAGGUAUUCCGCUUCUACAAACUAGUCACUCUCAAGGGCAUGAUCGAACCAAUUUCUAUGAUUGUGCCAAGAAGAUCAGAUACAUACCAGGAGGACAUCUACCCAAUGACAGCUGGGACUGAACCAGCCUUGUCUGCCAGCGAGUGGCUGAGUGGGAUUGAUAGAGACCCAGUGCUGAUGUCACUGAAGGACGGUUAUCACAGACCAAACCAGUUAGUUUUUAAGGCCCCGGUGAAGGAAAAGAAGAGUAUGGUUGUCAAUGGGAUCGACCUACUGGAAAAUGUACCACCCAGGACAGAGAAUGAGCUCCUACGGAUGUUCUUUCGGCAGCAGGAUGAGCUACGACGGCUGAAGGAGGAGCUGACCACAAAGGACGUGCGAAUACGGCAGUUGGAGCUGGAGCUCAACAACCUGAAAAACGUUAGCCCCAAAGAUGUCUGACCUCAAAGCCUCCUGGACUGGCAAACAUGCUUCCUCUGCUCCCAGUUCUGACCUCCAGAUAGCUUCUGAGUCCCACCAUCUUCCUUUUUUUUAAAUAUCAACAUUUUUGCUGCACUGCAGGCAGUAAAAUAUAAAAACUGUUGGAUAACAAUGUAAGCGAUGCAACUAUUAGAUCCUUUUACUAGUAUUUAUUAUUAUUAUGUUAAAGAAGAGGCAGUUCAGGGAUUAUCAGGUAAAAUGUGAUCGAUGAUAGGAAAGAAAUAACUGCAUUUUUUGGCAUUUCUUUUUUUGGGGGGGGUGGGAGAGAUGCUCUUUAAUCAGUAUAUAGUGGAACAGCAUAUUUUCAACCUGAGCACAUAAGUAUUUAUGUAAUUCAGGACCUUUUCUCCAUGUGGAAAUGCCUUGCUGAAAUGCAAAAAGGACCCUUAACUUAUCCUGCAUUACUGACUAAAUCCCAUGCAUUAUUAUUUUCCACAGAGGCAGAACUAGAUAAUCGAAAGACAGACUCCCACUAUCUUCCCCCAGGCUUUGCUGUUUGCAGUGAGCUGCAGCACCAUCCCAGAAUAACAGAGGUGAAGUAGUUUUACACCUGUCAGGUGAAGACGACUAUUUAAGACAUGGAUCCUUUUUUGUUUAGUAUUUUCCCCUAGAAAGCUGCUUAUCUUGUAACUGCUUUCCUUCCCCUGCUGGCCUUAUCUAUAAAACAACUUCAACACUAACAUAAACAAAUCCAGUCUUUUCCCCAAGAAGAGCAGAUUGUUGACUCUUGUAGUUAAAAAGUGUGAAAGUAGAAGGUAUUACAAAUGGUAGACUUGUGUAUUAUUCAAGUAGGGUGAAUAAAGGGAGGGAUUUUAGCUGCUCUUCAAGGGGCCAUUGUAAAGAUUCAGGGGUGAUUUACAUUUACUUCUAUUUAUUUGACACAUCUAACCUCUUUGCUAAGAACUUGCCUACUUGUUAAUCCUUUUUUGUAUAUAAUGUGGCACAAUUAAUGAUAGUGAAGCUGUCUAGAUCAUGCAGAAUGUGUUUGACUGAAUCAGUGCAAAAUAUGUACGGAGCAGCACCCU